AUGUGGAUUUCUUCGUUGGUCUCCUCCGUGUUGAGAGAUGAAGAGCCGUCGGAGAAUGAGGAGGAGCAGCAGCAGCAGCAACAGCAGCAGCAGCAGCAGCAGCAGCAGCAGCAGCAACAGCAGCAGCAAACCGGACGAGGCGUAGGGUUGCUCAAUGAGGGAGCAGUACAGGCAGCAAGUUCUCCAGCUGCAGCAUCAAAAGCAGCAACACCAACAGCAGCAGCAGCAGCAGCAGCAGCAGCAGCAACCUCUGGGCAAUCAAGCUAUGCUGCGCUGCUGCAGCUGGUAGAGCGUCAGCAGCAGCUGCUGCAGCGGGAGGCGCAGGAGAAGCAGCGCCUGGAGCAGCAGACAGCAGACCUAGAACGUACACUACAGCUGCUGCAACAGGAGUUGCAGCAGCAGCGCCUGCAGCAGCAGCAGCAGCAGCAGCAACAGCAGCAGCAGCAGCAGCAGCAGCAGCAAACUAGGCAGCCUUCAGACGACGACAUUCAUCUCGAUGACGGUUGGGGGGUUUCUACAGAUGAGCAGAAGGAGGGGGAGCAGCAGCAGCAGCAGCAGCAGCAGCAACAGCAGCAGCAGCAAGAGCAGCAGCAGCAACAGCAGCAGCACCUGGCGUUACUGCAGCAGCAAGAGCUGCAGCUGCAGCAGCAACAAGAAAAACUGCAGCAACAGGAGAAGCUGAUAGAACUGCAGCAGCAAAAGCUCGAGCAGGCGCAGCAGCAGCAACAGCAGCAGCAGCAGCAAAGUGCUGAUGAGCAUGCUGCGUUGCAGCAGUGUAUAGCGCGGCUGCAGCAAGAGCUGCAGCAGCAACAGCAGCAGCUGCAACAGCAGCAGCAGCAACAACAGCAGCAGCCAGUUGAAGAUAAGGAGCGGGUAAUCCAGGAGCUGCAGCAGCAGCUGCAGCAGCUUCAGCAGCAGCAGCAAGAGCUCCAGCAGCAGCUGCAGCAGCAGACAGUGUUGAGGCAGCAGCAAGACGAUCUGCUGCAGGAGAGGCAGCAGCAGCAGCAGCUGCAACAGCAGCAGCAGCAACAACAGCAGCAGCCAGUUGAAGAUAAGGAGCGGGUAAUUCAGGAGCUGCAGCAGCAGCUGCAGCAGCUUCAGCAGCAGCAGCAAGAGCUGCAGCAGCAGCUGCAGCAGCAGACAGUGUUGAGGCAGCAGCAAGACGAUCUGCUGCAGGAGAGGCAGCAGCAGAUUGAACAGCUGCAGCAGAAUCAGCAGCAGCAAGCAACACAAGAAGAGCUGCUGCUUCUUAAGCAUAGCAACGAGGAGCUGCAGCAGCAGCUGCAGCAGCAGCAGGAGCAGCUACAGCAGUUGCUGCAGCAACAGGGUCAGCAGCAGCAGCAGCAGCAGCAGCAGCAGCAGCAAAAGAGUAAUCUUGAGGUGCUUCUAGAGGAGCAGAAAGCAAAGGUGGUGGCGCUGCAGCAGACCCUUGAGAAGCAGCAGCAGCAAAGAACCCUUGAGAAGCAGCAGCAGCAGCACCAACAGCAACUGCAGCAGCAGCAGCAGCAGCACCAGGAGGAACUGCAGCAGCAGCAGCAGCAGCGCCUCCACCAGCAGCACGAGUUUGAGCGGCAGCAGGAGCAGCUGCGACAGCAGCACGAGGAUCGGCUGCAGCAGCAGCAGCAGCAAUUUGAACAUGUGCUGCAGCAGCAGCAGCAGGAAAGAAAGGAAGAGGCAGCAACGCUGCAGCAGCAACUGGCGGAGCAGCAGGCACUGCAGCAGCAGGGCAAACAGCAGCAAGAGCUGCUGCAGCAGCAGCUGCAGCAGCAGCGGGAGGAUCACACAAAAGAAGUGACGGCCCUGCAGGAGCGUCUGCAGCUGCUUACGCAGCAACUGCAGCAGCAGCAGCAGCAGCAGCAGCAGCAAGAGCUGCUGCAGCAGCAGCUGCAGCAGCAGCGGGAGGAUCACACAAAGGAAGUGACGGCCCUGCAGGAGCGUCUGCAGCUGCUUACGCAGCAACUGCAGCAGCAGCAGCAGCAGCAGCAACAGCAGGAGCAGCAGCAAAGUGCAGCUGCAGCAGCUGCGCAGGCGGAGCAGCAGCGAGAUACCCUUCAGCAGCAACUGCUGCAGCAGCAGCAGCAGCAGGAGCAGCAAGCUGCCACUGUUCAUAAAGUCGAGGAGCUGCAGCAGCUGCUGCAGCAGGCGGAGCAGCAGCGUGAUGCCUUGCAGCAGCAAAAGGAGCAGCAGGAGCAGCAGGAGCAGCAGGAAAAGAAGCGGCGAGAGCAGCAGCAGCAGCAACAGCAGCAAAUGAGCGAGGAGCUGAAGCAGCUGCAGGAUGAGCACGCAGCACUGCAGCAAGAGCUGCAGCUGUUUGCUGCUGAGAUGCAGCAAGAGCAGCAGCAGCAGCAACAGCCAGAGGGGCAGCAGCAGCAGCAGCAGCAACAGCAGCAGCAGCAGCGGGACUCACUGCAGCAGCAGCUGAAGCAGCUGGUGAAGUACUGCAGCCAGAUAACUGCAGAGAAGGAGGCGCUGCAGCAGCAGCAGCAGCAGGCGCAGCUGGUGAAGUACUGCAGCCAGAUCACUGCAGAGAAGGAGGCGCUGCAGCAGCAGCAGCAGCAGGCGGAGCAGCUGCACAUGCAGCAGCGGGAGAUGAGCGAGGAGCUGAAGCAGCUGCAGGAUGAGCGCACAGCACUGCAGCAAGAGCUGCAGCUGUUUGCUGGUGAGAUGCAGCAAGAGCAGCAGCAGCAGCAACAGCCAGAGGGGCAGCAGCAGCAGCAGCAGCAGCAGCAGCAGCGGGACUCACUGCAGCAGCAGCUGAAACAGCUGUUUGAGAGGCAGCAGCAGCAGCAGCAAGAGCAGCAGCAAGAGCUCGAGCGGCUGCAGCAGCAGCUGCAGCAGCUGAUGCAGCAGCAGGAACAGGCGGCGCAGCAGCAGCAGAGGCAGCAGGAGAGCGGGGAGACGAACGGACUAGGACAUUUGCCUCAGCAGCGGCGGCAGCUGCAGCAGCAGCAGCAGCAGCAGCAGCAGCAGCAGCAGCGACUGCAGCAGCAAGAAGAGGCGCAGCAGCAGCAAAGGCAGCAGGAGAGCGGGGAGACGAACGGACUAGGGCAUUUGCCUCAGCAGCGGCGGCAGCUGCAGCAGCAGCAGCAGCAGCAGCAGCAGCAGCAGCAACGGCUGCAGCAGCAAGAAGUUUUACUGGAGCAGCAGCAGCAGCAGCUGCAUCUCCUCGAGGAGCUGCUUGAAGACAGAGACGAUGAGAUAAGAGAGCUGCACCGGCAGGCUGAGCUGCAGAUGGAGCAGCAGCAGCAGCAGCAGGAGGAGGAGCAGCACCAAGUGCGAGUUGCUGCAGCAGCAUCUGCAGCAGCAGCAGCAGCAGAUGCUGCAGCAGCAGCCACUGCAGCACAGCAGGAGCUGCGGGAGACAAUUCAACGUCUAUCGGAGCAGUGCGAGCAGCAGCAGCAGCAGAUACAGCAGCAGCGGCAGCAAAUACGGGAGCAGCAGCUGCUGCUGCAUGCGCAGCGCAACCAGCCCCAAACCAACGGUGUACAUACACCGCAACCUGAGCAGCAGCAGCAGCCUGGGGGGAAUGAGGGGUUGUUGGAUGAGCAGCAGCAGCAACAGCGACAGCAGCAGCAGCAGCAGCAACAGCUGCAGCAGCAGCAAGCGCGGGAAUGGGAACAGCAACUGCAGCAGCAGCAGCAGCUAGAGGAGGGUCUGCGGCAGCAGCAAGGCGGCGGUGAGCGGCUUCAGCAGCAGCAGCAGCAGCAGCAGCAGCAACUGCUGCUGCAGCAAAUCGAAGAGCUCAGGACAGAAGUGCAAACUUUAGAGCAGCAGCGCGACGAGCUGCAGCAGCAGCAGCAGCAGCAACAGCAGCAGCACGCGCUAGAGCGAGACGAACUGCAGCAGCAGCAAGCCUCUACAGCAAUGGAACACCAGCAGCAGCUGCAGCAGCUGCAGCAGCAGCUACGGCAGCUACAGCAGCAGCUGGAAUCAGAGCAGCAGCAGCACUUACAAGCGAAGCAAUCGAUAGAACAAAUGGAGCAGCAGGCGCAGCAGCAGCAGCAGCAACAACAGCAGCAACAGCAGCAACAACAGCAGCAGCAGCAAACCAAACGUCAGUUAGAGGGAGCCCUUCAGGAACUUGAGCAGCAGCGUCAGCAGCAGCAAAAGCAGCAGCAGCUGCUGCUGCAGAAGGAGCAACAGCUGCAGCAGCAGCAGCAGCAGCACGCAGAAGAACUCCGAAAGAAGCACCAGGAGAUGCAACUGCUGCAGCAACAACAGGAGCAGCAGAAGCAGCAGCAGCAACAGCAACAGCAGCAGCAGCAGCAGCAGCAGCAGACCGUCCGCGAGCUGCAGCAGCAACUACAGAAGCAAGCUGCUGCGGCCGCUGAGGAUAUUGCUGCAGCGCAGCAGCGGGAGAGGGCAGCAGCAGCAGCUGCUUCUGCUGCUGUUUGUCGUGUUGAUGCUGCAGCAGCUGCUGCAGCUGCUGCUGCCUCCGCCAGCACUGCAGCAGUAGAGCUCUUCCAGCAGGUGGCUAAGCAGGUGCCUCAGCUGCAGCAGCAGCAGCAGCAACAACAGCAGCAGCAGCAGCAGCAGCAGCAGCGCCUGACGAAGGAUGCUGCUGGAGGAGACUCGGCUAUCGUUGCUUCGUUGUCUGCGGCUUAUGAGGAGGAGAAGCGGCUGCUGCAGCAGCAGCUGCAGCAGCAGCAGCAGCAGGCAGAGCUGCUGCUGCAGCAAAGGCAGCAGCAUCCUGCACCGAUAUUGUUUUGUCUGAAGUUGCUGUGGGGUCACACGCAGCAGCAGCAGCAGCAGCAGCAGCAGCAGCAACAGCACCAGCAGCAGCAGAAGCAGGAGCAGGAGUUGUAUUCAGUGGAGAGUGAUGUCUGCAUCAAGUUAGCAGCUGAGGGGGCGGAGGCAGAAACGAAGGCGCUGCUGGAGAAGUGCAACGGAAGGAUUGAGGAGACUGCUAGUCAUAUGGCGACGUCGCUGCAGGAGCUGCAGCAGCAGAAGGAGCAGCUGCUGGAGACAAACCAACAACUGGAGCAGUCACUGAGAGAGACGCAGCAGCAGCUGAAGGCGCAGGAAGCAGCAGCAGCAGCUCUGGUGGCGGAGAGGUCUACUGCUGCAGUGGUUGCAGCAGCAGCAGCAGCAGCAGAAGUUCGUCAGUAUCAAGCAAUGACUGCUGCAGAGCAGCAGCAAAAGGCAGCAGCUGUUGCUUCAACAAUAAAGGAAGCAGAAACACAACUUACUGCUGUUGCUGCAGCAGCAGCAGCAGCAGCAGAUGCUGCUUCAGAAGCAGCAAAGACACUUGCUGCUGCCAGCAGCAGCACGAGCCUCUCCCUCCCCCAAGCUGCGACCUCGCAGCAGAAGCAGCCCAAUCAGCAGCAGCUGCUGCUGCAGAAGCAGCCGCAACAGCAGCAACCACGCAUGCAGCAGCAGCAGCAACAGCAGCAGCAGCAGCAGCAGCAACUACAAGAAAAGCAGCAACACCAAAUGUUGGAUUUUGAUGCCACAUGCUGCAGAGCAGCAGCAAAAGGCAGCAGCUCAGCAGCAGCAGCAGCAGAUGCUGCUUCAGAAGCAGCAAAGACACUGGCUGCUGCCAGCAGCAGCACGAGCCUCUCCCUCCCCCAAGCUGCGACCUCGCAGCAAAAGCAGCCCAAUCAGCAGCAGCUGCUGCUGCAGAAGCAGCCGCAACAGCAACAACAACGCAUGCAGCAGCAGCAACAGCAGCAGCAGCAGCAGCAGCAGCAGCAGCAACUACAAGAAAAGCAGCAACACCAAAUGUUGGAUUUUGAUGCCACUGCAGCGGCUGCUGCUGCAGGGUGGGGAGACGAGGACUGGCUAAGCGACAUAGAGGACCAGCAGCAGCAGCAGCAAGAAGCGCAGCAGCAGCAGCAGCAGCAGCAGCAGCAGCAAGAAGCACAGCAGCAGCAAGGAAAAGAGCAGCUGCAUGACGAGCAGCAACGGCAGCAAGAACAACAGCUGCAGCAGCAAGAAACACAACAACAGGAGCAACGCAUGCAGCAGCAGCAACAGCAACAGCAGCAGCAGCAGCAGCAGCAGCAGCAGGAGCAGCAAGAGCAGCAGGCCCUUGCUUCAGAGCGCCGAUGGGAAGCUGGUGAAGACUGGGAAGCAGAUCUGGUGGCGGAGCGGCAGCAGCAGCAGCAGCAUCUGCUGCAGCAGCAGCAGCAGCAAGAGGAGGAGCUGCUGCCAGCUGAUCCUUUGCUGGACCAGCAACAGCCACAGCUGCAGCAGGAACAGCAGCAGCAGGCAGAUCUGGUGGCGGAGCGGCAGCAGCAGCAGCAGCAUCUGCUGCAGCAGCAGCAGCAGCAAGAGGAAGAGCUGCUGCCAGCUGAUCCUUUGCUGGACCAGCAACAGCCACAGCUGCAGCAGGAACAGCAGCAGCAGCAGCAGCAGCAACAGCAGCAGCAGCAGCAGCAGCAGCACUACCCCACAACUGCCGACCUCGCUGAGGCAGAGGACCUCUCGAAAGAGAGCAGCAACAGCGACGCCAUCAUGGGAGACUGCAGGAGGAGCAGGACCUGCAGCAGGAGCUGCAGCAGGAGCUGCAGCAGCAGCAGCAAGAGCAGCAACAACAAGAGGAGGGGGAGAAGCAGCAACAGAAGUUACUGGGUUGGUUCAUGGUUGCACCUGCAGCAGCAGCAGCAGCAACAGCAGCAGCAGCAGCAGCAGCAGCAGCAGAGUCUGAAGAAGAUGAUGUGGAGUUCAAAGAUGACUGGAGACUGGCUAAGCGACAUAGAGGACCAGCAGCAGCAGCAGCAAGAAACGCAGCAGCAGCAGCAGCAGCAGCAGCAAGAAGCACAGCAGCAGCAAGGAAAAGAGCAGCUGCAUCAGCAGCACUACCCCACAACUGCCGACCUCGCUGAGGCAGAGGACCUCUGUGAAGUCGAAUGGGGGGGCAGGCCGCAACAGCAGCAGCAGCAGCAGCAGCAGCAGCAGCAGCAAGACGAAAGAGAGCAGCAACAGCGACGCCAUCAUGGAGGAGUGCAGGAGGAGCAGGAGCUGCAGCAGGAGCUGCAGCAGGAGCUGCAGCAGCAGCAGCAAGAGCAGCAACAACAAGAGGAGGGCGAGAAGCAGCAACAGAAGUUAGUGGGCUGGUUCAGUGGGGUUGCUGCCGUGUCACCGUCACAGCAGCAGCAGCAGCAGCAGCAGCACGGACAGGUGCAGCCGCACCAGCAGCAGCAGCACGCUCAAACACAGCAGCAGCAGCAGCAGCAGCAGCAGCAGCAGCAGCAAGAUAUUUCAGAAGCAGCUGGGAUUAGAGAGUGGGGAGGGGCAGAGCCAUGGGACGUUGAGUUUCACAUCGGCGGCCUAUCCAGCGAGGCUUCUGCUGCAGCGGCAGCAGCAGCAGCAGCAGCAGCAACAGCAGCAGCAGCAGGAGCCACAAGUGCAGCAGGUCCUGCGCCUGCAGAAGCAGAAGCAGCAUCACCAGCAGCAGAAACACCGCUAGCUGCUGCUGCUGCUGCAGGCACGCAUGCACUUGCUGCUGAGCAUGGAGGGCCGCUUGCUGCUUUGGAUUCUUGCGGUGAUGCAACUGCAGCAAAAGGCGCAGCUGCAUCCCCAGCUGCAGCAGCAGCAGCUGCUGCUGCUGCUGCUGCAGUGGUUGCACCUGCAACAGCAGCAGCAGCAACAGCAACAGCAGCAGCAGCAGCAGCAGCAGCAGCAGCAGAGUCUGAAGAAGAUGAUGUGGAGUUCAAAGAUGACUGGGCACCUGCUGCUGCAACAAGAGCAGCAGCACCUGCUGCAGCAGCACCUGCAGCAGCAGCAGCAGCAGCAGCAGAAGCAGAAGAGGAGGAUGUUGAUCUGCAGGAUGAUUGGGGCCUUCAAGCAGCAAACGUACAGACAUGCACACCCAUGGCAGCACUUGCUUCGUCAGCAUCACCUGCUGCAGCAGCAGCUGCAGCAGCAGCUGCAGCAGCAACAGCAGCAGCAAAAUCCCCUGCAGCACGAUCACCUGCAGCAGCAGCAGCACCUGCUGCAGCAGCAGCAUCCUCUGAUGAGGACGAUAUUGACUUUCAGGAUGAUUGGGGUGUACAGACAGCUCAGAUAGGCUCAAGGAAGCAGCCAGAAGCUGCUGCUGCAGCUACAAGUGCAGCACAACCAGCAACUCCAGCAGCAGCAGCAGCACCAGCAGCAGCACCUGCUACUGCAGCAGCACCUGCUGCUGCAGCGCCUGCUGCUGCAGCGCCUGCUGCUGCAGCAGCAGCAGCUGAAGAAGAGGAUAUUGAUCUACAGGAUGACUGGGGGGCGCCGACAGCUCAGGCUACAGCAGAGGCCCCAGCAACAGCGGCAGCAACGCCAAUAGCAGCAUCAACAGCAGCAGCAGCAGCAGCAGCAGCAGCAGCAGCAACAGCAGCAGCAGCAGCAGUUGACCGGGAUGAGCUGGACUUCGAGGCUGUCUGGGGAGCCCCUGCAACAGCAGCAGGAACCCCUGCAGCAGCAGCAGGUGCACCAGCAGCAGCAGCAGCAGCAGCAGCAGCUGAUGCUGAGGAGGGCAGCGACUUUCAGGAUGACUGGGGAGUUGCUCAAGCCCCUACAGACGGAAGCAAACGAGCAGCAACAGCAGCAGCAGCAGCAGCAGCAGCACCUGCAGCUGCAGCUGCAGCACCUGCUGCAGCAGCAGCAGCACCUGCAGCAGCAGCAGCUGUUUAUGAAGAUGAGGACUUGGAGUUUAAUGAUGACUGGGGGGCCCCAACAACUCAUGGCGAGACAACAGCACUAACAGCAACACCAGCUGAUUCUGAGGAGGACAGCGACUUUCAGGAUGACUGGGGAGUUGCUCAAGCCCCUACAGACGGAAGCAAACGAGCAGCAGCAGCACCUGCAGCUGCGGCACCUGCUGCAGCAGCAGCAGCACCUGCAGCAGCAGCAGCAGCACCUGCAGCAGCAGCAGCAGCACCUGCAGCAGCAGCAGCAGCACCUGCAGCAGCAGCAGCUGUCUAUGAAGAUGAGGAUUUGGAGUUUAAUGAUGACUGGGGGGCCCCAACAACUCAUGGCGAGACAACAGCACUAACAGCAACACCUGCAGCAGCAGCAGCACCUGCAGCAGUAGCAGCACCUGCAGCAGCAGCAGCAACUCCUACAGGACCUGCAGCAGCAGCAGCUGCAGCAGCAGCAGCAGCAGCAUCUGAAGAGGAAGACCUCGACUUUGGAGACGACUGGGGAGUUGCAGCAACUGGGGCAGACACAAGCAAAGGAGCAGCAGCACUUGCUGCAGCAGCAUCACCUGCAGCAGCACCACCUGCAGCAGCAGCACCUUCAGCAGCAGGGUCUUCUGCAUCAGCAGUGCAUGUAGCAGCAGAAACAGCAGCAGCAGCAGCAGCAGCAGCAGCAGCAGCAUCUGAAGAUGACGAUCUGGACUUCGAAGAUGAUUGGGGAGCCCCAACGUCUCAGAAUAACACAAAAGCCCCAGCAGCAGCAGCAGCAGCAGCAGCAGCAGCAGCAGCACAAGCAGCAGCAGCAGCAGCAACUUCUCCAGCGGCAGCAGCCAUGGCAGGAGCUGCAGCAGCAGGUGAUGAGGACUCCCUGAGCCUUGAUGACGAAUGGGGGCCCCCUGGGGGAGAAUCGCAUGCAGGCCGUGCAGCUGCUGCAGCACCAGCAGCAGCAACGGCAGCAGCAGCCCCAGCAGCAGCAGCAGCAGCACAACCAGCAGCAGCAGCUGCUGCUGCUGCUGAUGCUGCUGCUGCUGCUGCUGCUGGGGCAGAGGAGCUGGAGUUUACCCUGGAUGAUUCGUGGGCUGGUGACGGCCUUGAAGAGCCUACACAGGUCUUAGGAGCUGCUGCUGCAGCAGCAGCAGCAACACCGGUGCAGCAGCAGCAACAGCGACAGCAGCAGCAGCAGCAGCAACAGCAGCAACCGCAGCAGCAACAGCAGCAGCAGUGGACGAAAAGGGGGACUUCACCAGCUGCCCCCGGAGCUGCCCCGGAUGUGGAAGACAUCGAUCUGGAGGAGCUGCUGCGAGACUGA